AUGGAGUCGGCCAAUGGGACCGCAGUCAAAGAAUUCAUUUUGUUGGGAUUUGGAGUCGAACAGGAGGCACGGGUCUUUCUUCUAAUCUUUUUCACCACUCUCUAUGUGCUGACUUUGGUGGAGAACAUCACCAUUAUCACACUGGUGCUUCUUGACACCCACUUAGCUCAGCUUCCCAUGUACAUAUUGCUGAGCAACUUUUCCUGGCUGGAAAUGUGCUACACAACUGCCACUGUGCCUCGCAUGCUCCUUGACCUGAGUUCCCCUCAUGGGGUCAUCUCCUUCCAGGCUUGUUUCCUCCAAUUCUACAUGUUUUUCUCUCUUGGCACUACCGAAUGUUUCUUCCUCUCAGCCAUGGCUUUAGAUCGGUAUUUGGCCAUCUGCUAUCCACUUCUGUAUCCAAAAAUCAUGUCUCCAAAUUCCUGCUAUGUCCUGGUGGCCAGUUGUUGGGGCCUUGGCUUCUUGUGGUUCAUUAUCCCUGUACUGUUGAUUUCCAAAUUGCCCUUCUGUACCUCCAACAUCAUUGACCAUUUUUUGUGUGAUCCAGGCCCAAUUCUGUCCUUAGCUUGCCCUCCACUAGGCGACAUUAUUUUUAUUUGUGAUAUAUUUAUGAAUGCUCUUUUCUUCAGCAAUGUCUUCUUUGUUGUGUUAUCAUACAGUGCUGUGAUCCUCACCUUUACAAAAGCCUCUUAUGAAGGGAGCCGUAAGAAGGCAUUCUCCACCAUAUCUUUCCACCUCCUGGUGGUCACUCUCUUCUAUGGCUCAGUGGGAGGGAUGUACUUGAUUCCGGGGGCUGAAAGUCAGUCGGAGGUCACUAAGGCAGUGACAGUCUUCUACACAGCCAUUACACCUUUCCUUAAUCCCUUGAUCUAUUGUCUCAGGAAUGAGAAGGUGAAGGAGGCUCUGAAAAGGAGGCUGAGAAGAGGGGAAUGA